UUAAUUAAAUACAGUUUGUGUAAUCGGGUGAUUACACCAUUAUGUUUUGUGAAAUAUUAUGAAACUUUGAAACAAAUAGCCCAAAUAGAGUAAAACAUUUUGGUAUUUCUGUUGUCAAAAUUAUGUGCACAUAUUAGAUAAACACAGAUAAAUGAAUUGUUAAAGUUAGUCUGUUCGAUUAACAUUGAGCUUACCACUUAGCUGUGGCCAUAACAUAACAUUUAUGUAUUAGAAACUUAUUUUAGGGUUUAAUGCUAUAUCUUAAAUAUCUGAGAAACUGAAUUUAGACUUUUGAUUAUUUCUCCGUUACGUUUUAAUUUACUGAGAUGCACAUUUAUGUUCCAAAAAACUGUUGCUGUAAAACAUGACUGAUUUUGGACUACACGACAUAAACUGAUGUGGAGGCAAACACCGAAUUAAUAGUAGAUACUGCGUGCUUUUAAAAAAGAAAACAAUUGAUUUUUUUGCCCGUAAACUAAUCUAAGUAGUCAUACGAAAGGGAUAUUCGUAGCUUUUGCUGUCUGUAAGUCUUAUCUUUCCUCAUAAACAUUCUGCUUCCCAACAAGGACACGCCAAGCUGGAAAAGACACGUUUAAUUAAUUCCGGUCCUCUUACGGAAAACUUCAAAGUAAACGUCUUCUUUGUUUUUCUUUUUUUUAAAUCUAUGUUUGAUGUUUUCCAUUUUCAAUCAUCUAAUGUAUUUAUAUCUCCCCUAAUAGGAAUGCUCAUUUAAGGAACAAGUAUUUAUUUUCCCAAAGGUACUAGUGAAAGAGUUGUAAUAGUUGAAGUAAUAUUUACUUAUUUUCGGUGCAAAGUACACCGGAAAUACAGGUGUGACACAGGUGAAGCAACCGAAACCCGCACGUUGACAAGUUGUUUCGUGUCGUUCUUUAAUCUGACUUUUGAAUUUAAGAUUAUUUUCAAUCCUGUCAACACUGAUUUUAGGUAAAAUGCUCGACGUUUUUUCUAUUUGUACCUAACCGGCUUCGGUAACCUUUGCUGUCGCUUACCUUAAGCUGUCGCUUAAGUGGUGCAUUAUUAGCGAAGUGAAAGUAAAUUGUGGCCUCGAGUUAAAGUGUCGCCUCCAAUUUGACAGUGUUCCAGAAAUGAGUCUUUGGUAUUCCAUCGCCUGCUUCUCUCUUACUUGCUGUCUGGUUUCUGCACAAAAUACAAAAUAUGCACUGGUUGGGGAGAAAGUCGAGUUCAUAGGCUUCAACAAUAAAGAAAUCCCAACCGACAUUCUGUGGAAGCAUAUAGAAGGACACAGCGUAUACAAAGUGGUGCAUUUUGAUGGCAGCCAAGAAAAAUUAUUUGGGUCAUAUGAAGGCCGGGUCACUCUUGACUGGCGUUCUGCAGAUCUGUCCAUCAGCAACCUGAGAUAUGAAGACAGUGGAUUAUAUGACCUGGAAAUACAAAUUAACAACAAACAAAUGACCAAAAGAUAUGAACUGAUAGUCAUUGACAGAGUCACCAAGCCUACCAUAUCCUGUGAAAUAAACAAUGCAAGCACUUCUGAGUCAGCAGGGAAGGCAACUCUGCUGUGCUCUUUACCGUCCCAUUCUGAUCAGUCCUUACUGAAGUUUCAGUGGAGCACAAAUGCAAAGAUUCAAUCUGGACACAUGCUGAAAAUUCCCCUGAGAGGUGAAUUUGAUGAUCAUCAGUACAACUGUACUGUAAACAACCCACUCACUCAAGAAUCAGCAGUGUUCUUUGCUAAGGACUGCUACCAUGAGACAAAGGCUCAAGCCGGACUAAUUGCUGGUGUUGUUGUUGCUGUUAUUCUGCUCUUGAUUGUACUGCUGAUAGGCGUCUUUUGUCUUAAAAAAGUACGCUCAAAUCACAAGAAGUCUGAUGUGGAAACUCAGUCAAAUCCUGGAUUUUCAAAAGCAACAUCUGGAAGUGAGGAAAUCCGGGUUCUUCUGGACAGAGCACCUACAUUACCCUCUAAACAUUCCCUUGGACACCUAAACCAAGGAAAUGACACCCCGUUAGAUCCUUUCCAAAAGGAGCAAAAUAGGAUCUCAAGAAAAAGUCACCUCAGAAACAAUGAUGAGGCUCAUAUGAACGAGCUGAGGGAAAGCAUUCGCCGACGUUCAUCCUCAGAUUCAGAGAAGAACAAAGUCCAAGAUGGCGAAAUUCCUUUCUCUUCGUCGGUUAAGCAACUUUCACUCUUACCUGAGAAGAAGAAUGGACAAGCUAAUGAAGCUGAGCCCAGAGACAUUGUGGAGGAAGAAGUCUUGGAGAACAACCCUUCAGAUUCUGAGUCUAUGAAUCCUGAGCUAACAGCAUUGUCAUCUGAAAGUAGUCCAGAGAAAAAUAAGGAUGAGGACAAUAAAGCUUCACAUCCUCCACUAGUGCCUCAAAAAUCCAACCUUGUUCGGAAUUUCUCUGAAUUACAAAAAGCAACUAAAAAUACAACUCCGAAAGUUAUCAAGAAGCAAGGUUUGGAUGACCCUGCUGAUUCUGGAAAUCCAAAUGAGAUGUCAAAUGAUCAGAGUUUAAAUGAAGUAGACAGUGGACUUUCAUCUCUUCCUGUGGCAUCACCCAAUCUUGAUCAUCCUUGUACAGAUGACAAAAGACUAGAGGAUGAAGAAAAACUUCCCGACAUUUUGGAUAAAGAGGAUAUUCCUGUAGAUGCUGAGGAAACUAAGGAUUCUUUACCUGGUUCAGAGCAAAAUAAGGGUGAGGACAAUAAAGCUUCACAUCCUCCUCUAGUGCCUCAAAAAUCCAACCUUGUUCGGAAUUUCUCUGAAUUACAAAAAGCAACUAAAAAUACAACUCCGAAAGUUAUCAAGAAACAAGGUUUGGAUGACCCUGCUGAUUCUGGAAAUCCAAAUGAGAUGUCAAAUGAUCAGAGUUUAAAUGAAGUAGACAGUGGACUUUCAUCUCUUCCUGUGGCAUCACCCAAUCUUGAUCAACCUUGUACAGAUGACAAAAGACUAGAGGAUGAAGAAAAACUUCCCGACAUUUUGGAUAAAGAGGAUAUUCCUGUAGAUGCUGAGGAAACUAAGGAUUCUUUACCUGAGCAAAAUAAGGAUGAGGAGGAUAACAGAGCUUCACAUCCUCAUUCAGAGUCUCAGAGAUCCAACCUCGUUCAGAAUGUCUCUGCACUAAAAGAAGCGACUGAAGAUACAGAGCCAGAAGAUAAGAGACCAGUUUCAAAUGAUUCUUCAGAUUCUGGGAAUCCAAAUGAAGUGCCAGAAAAUCAGAAUUCAGGAAGUAAAAAAGAGGAGAAUGAGUUUGCCAAAUCAACCCCUGAAAAUGAUGUUCAGCCACCGCCUGUUGCCAAGGAGAAUUCUCCUUUGAGCCAAAAUUCUCCAGAGAGUUCACCAAAGGCUGAACAUAAACAAGACAUCGACUCAGAUGAGUGUGCAAUGACAAAUAGUGGAGAACCUUCUUCAUCAUCCUUAGAAGAAUCAGAAAACGAGGAGCCAGUUCCACCCGCUUCCACUCCCAAAAAGACAGAUUCAGAAACAACAGUGGAGGAGCAAAAGCCUGCUCUCUCUGAAACAGAAUCUGAAAUGGAAACCCUGCAAAAUAAGUGACCAACACCACCCAAGCUAAGACAGCAAAUAUCCGUCUCCUGAUUCUCACAGAACAGACUCAAGACCAAGAAAUAGACACUAAGCAGCAAUGCAAAGACUUUUGAGAGUAGCCUGAUCUAGAAAGUACGGUCUCAGAGGAGGAAGAAAAGAACAAGAUCAAACGUAGCACUAUAAUCUGCUGAAGACGGAGAUUAACCUACACAGACAAAAAUACAAAAUAAGAGCUUCGGUGAGAAUAAAGAUGGGCAAACUGUUGGAGCUCCAUGUUAUCUGCUGCCUCUCAGGCAACAUGACAAAUGGGCACAAUUCCAAGAGAAACCAAGGAAUAAAGAAGACAGAUAGAAAAGAUCAAAGACCAAGAUAAAAAGUAACAAGGAGUUUUAUUAUGAGACAGUCAAGUUGAAGUAUUCAACGGUAAGCUGAAGAAACAUGGACUUGCAUUGACAAGUAUCAACCACAAGCCGCACAGUAUGUUUUGAGGACGUUUGAGUGAUGGACCAAGACAAAGUGCAUAAUUUCUUAAUCAGAAGAAAAACAAUACAAAGUUGUUUUUUUUCCGAGAAUGAAAAAUUUAAUGUGCAGUGUGCAUAUAACGUCAUCUCCCUGAUGAUAUAGUUUUAUAGAAUCAUCUUUUGCUUUGUACAGCAAUACACUAAAAUAUUUCUCAUUCUGUUUUUAAAGCUCAGUCAGUUUCAAUAGAGAGCAUUUAUGAAGAUACAUAUGCAAGUCUUCUUAAUAACAUUUAUGUAGAUUUUACUGUAACACAUGAAUAUUUGAUUUAAACCAUUUUUAAUGCAUCUAUGGCUGUAUGUUAAGGAUCUUUAUCCUGUUGGAAGAUGAACCUCUGCCCCAAUGUCUAGCCCUUUACAUCCUUUACCAGGUUUAUUAUCACUUAUUUUCCCAAUAACUUGAGCAGCAUCUUGCCUUGUAAAAAGUUUCCACAAAAGCAUGUUCAGGGGGUAGAAUUUGUUGCUUUAAAAAUUCAAAUUCCAGCAUGUAAAUUAACAAUAGCUAAUUUAAAGUUAUUGAUUGUACACAUGAUAAUAUUAAAUCUAUGGUUGUAAGUGCUUUACUUCCUGUUGUUCUACACACACGUCAGGAAAUGUAUAUAUUUUUGUACAUUUAAAAAUCCUAGUGAUCUUUUCACUGAUAAUUACACUUUAUACUCUCAACUUUAUCUUAAAUUUAGUAUGAACAUCUGGAUAGGUCUGCUGAUUUGCUGCACUUCAACUUUGUUGAUUUGCUGACUAAAUAUCUCACCUGUAGGUGAGUAUGUUGUCCAUGUCACUUAUCCAUGGUCAUAAUCUUAUAAUAAUUGUAUAAUAAUCUGAUCGAUGUAUAUUAAUGUAUAUCUUUUUAUAGCAACAAAAUGGAUUUCGGAUCACCCAAUUGUAUCCAUUUUUUGUAUUGUUCAUAAUAAAUUUUAUAAUAAUUCUAACAAAGGACAUCGGAGGGUUUUUUAAAUUAUUUUUUUAGUUUUAUUUUUUUUACCUCUGAAUGAAAUUAUGAAAGUGUUAACUUUACAGGUACUUCUGUACAUACAUGUCCAUUCACUGUACAGUUCAUUUGCAUUAUUCCUGCACAGACUGGCAUAAAUACACUCCUUG